AUGGACCGUCUUUUGGAAAGUGCGGGGCGCGGCUAUCGAGACUGGCGCCUCGAUGGCGUGCAUCGCUACCGACGGUGGAUCGAGCGGGCGAGUUGGAGCGCCUUCCCACAUCGGUGGUUUAAGCAUUCCCCGUUUGAGGUUCAGCUGCUUCGCACCGAUAUUCCCGAGUCGACGGUGAAAAACACGCGGUUCCAUCGCGAUCAGGCGACGAUUCGGACUUUAUUUACCCUCAUGGAGGCGCCGCACCCUUAUCGAUCCCAAAUCGAGCGCCAGAUGUUUGAAAUCACAUCGCAGUAUGACCCCUCUGUGCGAGAUUCAAACGAACAGGAUAAAAUAAAAUAGAAAUCUCCCGCAGGGAGGGGGACCUAUUCCUCUUGAUAUUUUUUCAAUGCGUACUCU